AUGCAAACUUAUUUGCGAAAUGUGAAAAUUGCUGAGUAUGUCAGCAUAUAUCCCAAUACCUACAACUAUCUCGAAGAAUUGGAUGAGUAUGGGCAAAGGUCCUUUUACGUAUACUUUUUUACCAAACCAGGACAGUCAAAACGGUUAUAUUGUAUACAACCUUUACCAGAAUUUCAAGACAAUUUCCAUGUCAUAUCCACUAUAGCGUUAGAUACACCAGAAAGAGUUCCAUACGGUGGCAAAGUUAGUAUUUCAAGCUUCCCGAAAGCUACCAAAGGACAUCCUAUAAAAUUGGCAGAAUUCACUAAUUCAAAUUGCCAAUUCAAACAGGAUGUUGAGUUUGUAUUCUUACACGAUACCACAUUCAUAAUACAGACACCUCCAGAUGGACUCUACAAAGUAUUUAUAGCUGGACACGUAGCACCAGAUGACGAAGAAGAAGUCGAAGAAAUCCUCACCUCAGAGAGCGAAGAAGAAGAAAAUUUCCAAGACAUUCAAGAUUCAGAAUAUACCGAAUAA